AGCAGUUAUUCCGCAUACGACAGAGAGCAGACAGACAGAGCGGCUAGCUAUGCGACAGCAGCAACGACAGACUACCGACAAGAUGUUGAGUUUGGCUAUGCUGUGUGUGUGUGCCAUCGCCGGUGAAGUGUCCGCUCGCUCUACCAGCUGGAAUUUCCUGGAUGACAAGUCGUUAACAGCACGAUGGGACAAAUUCCGGGAUGAGCCAGGAACAUGGAAUCCUGGGAAACCGUUUGAUCAAGGUCUGAACCCAGAUAAAGACCCCUGUCUGAAGAUCAAGUGUAGCCGGCACAAAGUGUGUGUUAAAGACCCCUACCAGACUGCUGCUUGUGUUAGCCAGAGGAGAGUCAGUGUGAAGGAACCGGGCCUGUCUCUGAGUCCAGGGUCCAAAUGCAGGCGCUGUCCAGUGGUCCAUCCCUCUCCUGUGUGUGGUACUGACGGACACAGCUACUCAACCAAGUGUAAGUUGGAGUAUCAGGCAUGUAUCUCAGGGAAGCAGAUAUCAGUCAAGUGUUCUGGCCAGUGUCCCUGUCCUGCUGUCCUUCCUGAAUACAGCACAGCAGAAAAGACAGAGUGCAGUGAGUCAGACAUAAAGGAGGUGGUGGGUCGGUUAAGAGACUGGUUCAGAGUUCUACUGGAGAACGGAAACAACAAGAAACUCAAGACACACAUACCUCAGAAAAACAAGAUCAGGUCAGGGGCGGGGCCUAUCUGUAAGGAUCCUCUUGGUUGGAUGUUCUCCCGCCUCGACACAAACUUUGACCUCCAGCUGGACCAAUCAGAAAUCAGCACGCUGGGGCUGGACAGGAAGGAAGGCUGCUCCGACGCGCUCUUCACUUCCUGUGACACACCCACCGACACACUCCCCGACACACUCCUCCUCUCCAGCGCAGAGUGGUGCACCUGCUUCCAGAGAUACACAGACUCCCCCUGUUGGUCUGAACUGACCGGUAUUAACAAGAAACAGGCUGCGGAGAAGCUACUGGGUCAGUACCUGCCAGUGUGUGACUCAGCGGGCUACUACCGGUCCCACCAGUGCCACGGCAGCAGCGGACAGUGUUGGUGUGUCGAUCGCUAUGGCAACGAGGUCGCAGGGUCACGGACCCACGGAGCAGCAGACUGUGGGGCGGUGUUGGAAUCAUCCGGAGACCAGGGCAGCGGAGACUCUCUCUUCUCCGACGACGACGAUGACGAUGCCUUCGUCCUGAGCGACCAGUCUCAGAUAGAUGACGAAGAUGACGAAGACCAGGAUGACGAAGACGGAGAGGAAAGAUAUCUGUCAUAACUCCGUCACUCUGCACGUCGCUAGGGGACGACAGCAGCAAUAAUAGUUGCUAGGCGACCUCUUCACCGCUAACAGACUAAAGACAUUUCUCUCUCUCUCUCUCUGUGUGCGUCUCUGAUUGGCACCCUAUACCCUAUUUAGUGCACCAGGGCCCAUGGGGU